GCAUUCGCAAAUUGCAUUGUUUGUGUUUAUAAAAUCAGAAAAUCACUGAUUUAAAGUGUUUUGUAAUUGCUUUGUGGCGUGAAUGAAGACGGGUUGCAUUUGUAGUGCAUAAUGGCAAAGAAAUCGUCUCGAGUAAAUGUCGCCGAUUUGUUUCCGGAUGAUCAAAAACUAGUUUCGCGGAAUUUGGGAUGGAGAAAUAUAAUCACCAAAUAUUCCUCUGCGGACAGAAACACAGAUGAAACAGGCUUCAUGGUACCUGACGCGCUGAAGAUCUGGCAAAAGAUUGAUCAUGAUGAAGACACCUCAUCCGCCUCCGACGUUCAGGAGGACGAUGACGCAGGAAGCGACUCAUCCUAUGAUUAUAAGGAUGUGCAAAAGCAGCUCAGUGUGGUUAAGAAGGAACGCAGUAAAAAGUGGCAAAUGAAUGGCCUAAGCAAAAUUUUAAACGAUGUCCAUUUUAAGCUGGAUACGGAUGUUGUGAAUGACUGGUUAAGUAAAAACAUGCAUAGCAGCAACAAGCAGGUGGUGGUAGGCCGAGAGUCACAAAUUACGACACAGGAAGGCGACUCGACGAUAAACUUAUCCUGUGCAUCUAACCUGACCAUUGUAAACGGCGUCGACCAGAAUGGUAUUUUAUCUGAGAACAGGUCCAACUAUGAGAUGUCGAGUGGCAACAAAAAGAUUAUUGUGCAUCAGGUCGAAAAAACUAUAUUGACCACGGUAACCGAAAUCACUACGGAAGGAUAUGGAAGUGCACACCAUGGGCUGUCUUUUGGUUCGUUCCCAGGAUUCAAUGUGCCACCGUUGCCAUUGUUUCAAUGUGUCCAGGGGUUUAAAAUACCAAAUCCAAUCGACCAACACCGGUUCUUAAAUAUCAAUUUGCCGGCGCUUAAGGAUUCAGCUUGUCACAAAAAGAACGAGAACAUGAAUGCUAAACGUGAUAAAGAAAACGUCUCCCAAGAACACAAGUGUAUUCAACGUAAAUCUUCCCGUGUAUUGCAAAAAGAAAGACAAAAGAAGGCUCCUAAAACAAAUGUUAAGGAAUCGGCUUGUCGGAAUAAUGGAAAGAAACAACACCAGCGAAAGAAGUCCUGUUCCGAUGAUGAAGAAGACUCGUUCGUAUCGAGUUAUGGUAGAACGUCGGAUAAAAGACCACCAUUACGACGAGGUACACGGCGAAUCAUUGAAGACAGUGUUAGUUCCAGUGACGAUGAAGAAACACUCCAAUCGAAACAAAAACAAAUAAUUGAAAAAUCUAUUCGGCAGGCCAAUGAGCAUACGGAAGCGAAAAAAACUGGCAAAGUCGAUGCUAGCCUUUGCUCGCAGCAACAAGUAAAAGCUCUCGAUAUCCCAUUUUCUGCAACUGCGAACAACAAAGCAUCAGCUAAUGACGUCAAACGAGAUGCUGAAUUUAGCAUAAUUAUUAGCUCGAGCAACGAUGAAAGUGUUGAACCAGCACCGAAGCAAAAGAAUAUUUCCGCGCAUUGUAAGCCUGUUAACCCGGAUAAUAAAUUAACCAAACUCACGAACUCGAGCAGCACGAAACCGGUGACAAAUAUCGCUAAACCAUCAACUCAACAACAAACCAUAAGCACAGCUCCAUCGAAUGCGUCGGACGGUAAACCAAAAGAACAGAAGCCAAAUAAGCUUCCCGUGGAGGACAUCGUUAGAGAUUCUAACACAACGCCUGAACCUAUGAAGGCUCAAAAAUAUUGCAUGCCAGAAUAUUAUCAGAAGCAGCUUUCCAAAGAUGGACGGUGUGGCUAUAAGAUUGAGGGAAUUGUCAUUUAUAAACCCAAAAACAUUCCAGCCUCAGCAAUGGAAGUUCCCUCGGUGGGAGGAGAGAAAAUAGUAGUUACUGAACGGGAUCUGGAUUUAAGUGCCGUAUGUGAAACUAGAAGGCACAACUUUACUGGCUUUAGAAAACAUAUUAAUCGCAGCUCGACGCUGGUCUACUACAUGACCGAUUCCGAAGUUGAAACAGACGACGACGAUGACGAUCCGAUAAGUAACUUUCAUCCACUGGUUGUGUAUGAAUUUAAGCAUUUCCCUGAAAACCCAAGGUAGACGAGAACUAGUGCAAACGAAUGGACGGGAGCAAUAUUUUGGAAAUGUUUUAUUUUUAAUCUGUUCAAAAACUCCUUAAAAGAGUUGAAUUAUCUGUAAAGUAUACUGCAACGUAUAAAUAGAUAGACGUUUUAUUGUUCUGA